UGGUGUCUAUUGGCACGAUCACAUUUACAUUUGCACGGCAUAAUUCAUCUGAAGUUAUAGGAAUUCGUGCGAUUGUGAAUUUCACAAGAAUAUCUUCCGGCAGCAAAAAAUUUCCCCCGACGGAUUUCUCGUGGAUUUCAAGUUUAGUUUCGAAGUUGUGUGGGGGUGGGGCUGAUGAAGUGCAAUCUGCUGUCAGGUCACUCCGCCAUCACUACAACGAGAGACAGGUGUUAAUGAUAAUGACAGCCCAAGUGACGAGCCUUACCUCUCUCCCUCUCCCACAGACAGAUACACGACCACGCCCCCAUCCCCACAAUAGGUACUGUGGUUAAAACAAUCUAACAAUGGCUAGAGGUUUAAAAAGAAAGAGGGAUGAUGGAUUAAAAUGUUCUGAUUCAAGUGAACGUGACAGUUCUCAGUCACCACCACAGACAGAUACAAAAAUUAUAGAAGUGACCAAGCAGAUCUUGAAAUGGGUUGAAGAUGAAAUACGUGACAAACGGAAGAUAAGUUACAAAUGCAUGACAGGUGACUCUUUAACAGAGUACAUAAUUGAGAAGAUUUCAGAGCUGAAAAAAGUCAAGAAGAGAAAGGAAACCAUAGGGGUUUUUGGCAAAUCAGGGGCUGGAAAAAGCGCUCUAUUAAGUGCAAUACUGAAUAAAAAGGGUCUACUGCCAUCUGGUGAUCAGCAUGCCUGCACAGCAGUUAUUACUCAAGUGGAAGCCAAUAUGACAGAUUUGAAGUACAAAGCAGAAAUUGAAUUCUUCUCAGAACAGGAAUGGAGUGAAGAUCUUGAAAACAUUUUGCAAGUUUUGUCAGAUGAAAGUGAAGAGUGUGAUGAAGAACUGACUGAAAAUGCUAAAGAAAAGAUCAUUUGUUUGUUUGGAAAAGGUGCAGAAAAGAAAACACUGGAGGAGCUUAAGAAAGAUGAGAAAUUUGAUGAAGUUGGCAAAUUGUUAUCCGAGAAGAAGAGGUUCUUUUCAGGGGAUUCUACUUCUAUUACAAAUUUCAUUAAACCUUUCCUGACAAGCAGAGGAAAUGGAAUACUGUUUUGGCCGGUUGUGAAAUGUGUGACCAUCAAGGUUCCAAACUGUCAUGAUUUCCUGGAGCACAUUAUUCUUGUUGAUCUUCCUGGAACCGGAGACUGCAAUAAGACUCGGAAUAACAUGUGGAAAGAAAAAUUGAGCAGCUGCUCUGUUGUGUGGAUUGUGAGUGACAUCACUCGAGCUCUGAGUAACAAAGAAACCUGGGAAAUAUUGAAGUCCUGCAUUCAUGACAUCACAGGAGGGGGACAGUGUGAAAGAAUGGCCUUCAUUUGUAGCAAGACUGACAUGAUUGACCCUGAUGAACAGGAAGACAAUUUUUCUGAACACGAACAGCAGUAUCCAGAGGAUGAGAAUGAAAAAACAAGAAUUUGCAUCCGCAAGAGAAACAACAUUACCAAGAAACAAGUAAAAGAAAAGUUUGAAAAUUCAGAAUUCAAGAAAAAAUUUGAUGCUGAUGAAAAUUUUCUACAAGUUUUCACUGUGAGUUCAAAGGAGUUCUUCAAUAAAAACUCAUUUCUGGAACUGAGAGACACAGAAAUACCGGAGCUUCUGGAUGUCCUGAGGAAGAUUAACAGUAGCUGCUCCAGGUGUUCAGCCAGAGAUUAUGUCAGUAAAGCAUUGGGAAUCUUGUGUUUGAUCCAGAGUUACCAACCGGAUAAAAAUCCAGAUUCUGAACAAAUGGUUGAGACAAAAGGCAAACUCCAAAAACAAUUCCAAGAUAACCUAAAAAAGGCACUGGCUGAUAUGCAUUCUCAUUUUGAUGAAAUUUUGGAAAAACUGGACUCCUGUCUCACAAAGGGAGUGGAUGAAUCAAUGGAACUGUGUUUAAAAACUGCAUGUGAUGAAGUGAUAUCUCCUCCUAGUAAGAAUAACCAAUGGUACCAUAAAACCCUUGAAGCUCUCUGCAAACAUAGAGGAUCAUACUACUCAAAAACAAAUGAAGUAGAUCUGAACAAGUGUUUGGCCAACCACAUGUACAACAGCAUAGACGAAGAUUUCAGAAAACUAAUUCAAUCAGUGCUGGAACAAAUAAACAAAUUCAGCAUCUUAAACAGGGAUACUCUUAACCCCAGCCAAAACACUGCUGAAUAUUAUAUUCAGGAAUUCAUCAAAAGUGAGGAAGCCAAUCUGAAAGAAUCCCUCAAGGAACAAACUGUCAAAAGAAAGAAAGAAAUGCACUCAUCAAUCAAAACGGUCAUUCAGAAUGCAUUGACCUCUUCCUAUGACAGAGCAGCAAAGGAAAAGGGAAAAGGAUCCAUGAAAAGGAGACAGGAAAUUCUGAAGGAAGCAAUUAAAUCAUCAAAACAAAAAAUGUUCAAUGAUGCAAAAAAGGGAAUGCUUGACAUGUUCGCUGAUUUGCAGCGAGAAAUAAGGAAGACACUUAAGUGUGAAUCAACGAAAUCAAUGGAUCACUCACUUCAGAUGUCCCAUGAAAACACUCUACCAGAUGUGUCCAGAUACAUAGAUGAUCUGAAGAGGCUUGAAGAGGAACUGUCUGAUGUCAUCGAACAAGAUGAAGAUGAGCAAAUUACAAUAUAUGACUGAGACAAGAUAUUUUUCUUUUUUCUUUUUUUUUUUUUAAAUGGCUUUUAGAGAACAUGGGGCAUUUUAGUCUAGAUCUUGGUUUAAUACGACCAUAUAUUGGUCAUGUAAUUAUAAAGCUGAUCAAACUAUUUUUUUAAUCAUUGUAGUCAAAGCAAUUAAUGAUGAGUAUAUAUCUCCAAUUGUGGAAUGAUUUUAGUUAACCUGGCUAAAUAUGACUUUCUCUGUUUUUAUUUUUUAUUUUUGCAUGGGGAUAAGUUCAUGAGUUGUUAAAAUGUGGAUGAGGAGUAGAUUUAAGUUCAUAGUUUAAAAAGGGUAUCUUGUUUAAAUAUAGAUUUUCAAUGUAACUUUUUUGUCUUACUAUUUAAGCCCACCUCUUAUAAUCUUUAAAUGUAUCAAAUGACUGGGGGCUGGGGUCAAAGACGCCACAGAAAUUCAAAAUGUGGGGGAGUUCUUCUGUGUUGUAAUUGUAACAUCUGAUAUAUUUCUUAAUAUUCUAUUCUAUAAUAUUCUUAGAUAUGCAUCUUAUUGUGUGAAAACUUAUGAGAACUUGUGUUAAUAAAUAGAUUAAAUUCAA